AUGGAACCUCGCCGUGUGCCUCGCACCGUUAGUGACCCCAAGGUCCGGCGAGUCGGAUUCUUUGCCCCACCCGACCGCUCCCAGUCGGGUCCACCAGAUCCCACCUCAUCCUCCCCACCGGUCUCCCAAAUUUCCCCCUCUGGGAAUUCCUUGUCCCCUGUCAUGAUCCCACCACCGCGUAACCUUUCGUCGGAUAUGUCACGCCACUUUCCGCCGGCACCUAUUUCCCCUAUCCGCGGCGCCCGCGGAGCAUCAGACUCGUCUGUUCCUGUUGGGAGUUACAAUCCGUCAGAGUUCAUUUCGCCUACUGCGACGGCUGACUUCUCGCCUGGGCGGAGCCGAAAGGGGAAUUCGGCUGAGUUUGCCAGUUCUCUACCUACAGGGGGAAUUGGUAUGGUGACGCAGAACAAUGUUCCGGCUAGUGGUUUGACUACGGUUUCGACUGUAAGAAUGCCUAAAGCUGUUACAGAAAAAGAAAGAUUGGCCAUGGGGGAAGUGCAGAGGGAUCAACAGGCAGGGGAUUUAAAGCCAUUGAAGGAGAAGAUGACAAAAGCUGAGAGGCGGGCUCUUCAAGAGGCUCAACGAGCUGCAAAAGCUGCUGCUAAAUCUGAAGGAAGUAAGACACAGGCUGCUGCUUCUGGGGCCAAUGCAGUAAAUGCCAACCCAGUAAAGGCUCCAAAGGUGACUCCGUCAAAGAAAGACAGCUCUUCUGUUGCAGCUUCUGAGAAAAGAGAUGGCGAUCGUCAACCAGAUAAAGAUAGGAAGAAAGAUGUCCCUCAUCCGCGGAUGCAGUUUGACGAUGAGAACCGAGUCGAGAAGGCAAAAAAGCGAUCUGUCAUGAAACAAACUGAAGCCAGGAGCAGAGUUGAACUAUUUAGGCAUCUUCCUCAGUAUGAACAUGGAACAAGGCUUCCUGACCUUGAAUCAAGGUUCUUCCAACUUGAUCCUAUUCAUCCUGCUGUUUACAAGGUUGGGGUAAGAUAUCUAGCUGGGGAUAUCUCUGGUGGCAAUGCCCGCUGUAUUGCUAUGCUUCAAGCAUUCCAAGAGUCAAUUAGAGACUACUCAACACCACCAGAGAAGUCCCUUGUCAGGGACUUGACCACAAAAAUAAAUGGUUAUGUCUCAUUUCUGAUUGAAUGCAGACCCCUUUCGAUCAGCAUGGGGAAUGCAAUUAGGUUUCUUAAAACUCGGAUUAACAAGUUAGCUUUAAAUCUAUCUGAAUCAGAGGCAAAAGCCAGUAUUCUCUCAGAUAUUGAUCAUUUUAUAAAUGAGAAGAUAAUUCUAGCAGAUAAGGUAAUAGUGAAGCACGCUGUCACAAAAAUUAGGGAUGGUGAUGUUCUUCUAACUUAUGGAUCAUCAUCUGCUGUGGAAAUGAUAUUAUUGCAUGCCCACGAGCUUGGCAAACAAUUUCGAGUUGUGAUAGUGGAUUCACGCCCAAAGCUUGAAGGACAGGCGUUGCUUCGUAGGCUGGUGGGGCAGGGUAUAAGUUGUACAUACACUCAUAUAAAUGCUGUUUCUUAUGUCAUGCAUGAAGUGACUAGAGUAUUGCUGGCUGCUUCAUCGGUGCUGUCGAAUGGAACCGUUUAUUCAAGAGUUGGAACUGCAAGCGUUGCUAUGGUUGCCCAUCAGUUUCGUAUUCCUGUCUUGAUUUGUUGUGAAGCAUACAAGUUUCACGAGAGGGUUCAACUCGAUUCAAUCUGCUCUAAUGAACUUGGUGACCCUGACGCUAUUGCAAGGGUUUCUGGGAGAACUGAGAUCAAUUAUUUGGACGGUUGGACCAAUAGUGAUAAUCUCCAACUCUUGAACUUGAUUUAUGAUGCAACUCCUUCAGAUUAUGUUUCCAUGAUCAUCACUGACUAUGGCAUGAUCCCACCAACAACAGCCACUAAUGCCGAACAAGAUGCACCUCGCUGCCGGUGCCCUUCGUCUCGCGAGAGACGACAGGAAGUCAGGGACAUUGAUCUGCCGCCUCGUCCUGCCACUGAUGCCGAACAAAAUGCACCUCGCCGCCGCUGCCCUUCGUCUCGCGAGAGACGACAGGAAGUCAGGGACAUUGAUCUGCCGCCUCACCGUGACUACUAUGACAGCAAUCGAUCCCCAUCCCCGCGUACGAGGGAUUAUCAUAAGCAGUGA